CAUUUGCACGAGGACCCGUCGAGCUGGGGUUUUGUUUCUUUCCCCCACGUAGAUUUUAGUGACUCUUGGACAAGAAACAGACCUGUAAAGAUGUUUAUGUGGUGGUCUGCUGUUUCACUUCUUGGAUGCGUUUUGCUGGGAGCAGAUGGCUGGCCAGUCAAGGAAGGAUAUGACUUUAGGCCCUAUCAGCCCCUAGUAAGAUUACGGCACAAGCAGGAAAAGCAUCAUGAAAGCUCAAGAAAUAAAGGGUAUCUUGGUUGGGAAGGCCAUUUUGGAUCAUGUGAGAGCAAGUACUGUGGUCUGGGCAGACACUGCGUUGUGAAUGGGAAGACUGGCCAAGCUGAGUGUCUGUGCAUGGAGCACUGCAAGCCACAUUACAAACCUGUCUGUGGGUCUGAUGGAGAAUUCUAUGAAAACCACUGUGAAGUGCACCGAGCUGCCUGUCUGAAAAAGCAAAAGAUCACCAUUGUACACAAUGAAGAUUGUUUCUUUAAAGGGGAUAAAUGCAAACCUACUGAAUACACUGAAGUGAAAAAUAUGUUACUGGAUCUACAAAAUCAGAGAUACAUUGCAGAAUCAAAAGAUAAAUCUGUUGGUGAGAAAAUGGUGUUAAAGAAACUUCUUAUAGAUCAAAUGUUCAAUUAUUUUGAUUCAGACAACAAUGGACUUGUGGAUACUAAUGAGUUAUCUCAGGUAAUAAAACGGGAUGAGCUUGGCAAGGAACCGUCUGACUGCUCUGUGUUCGAUUUGCUGAAAUACGAUGAUUAUAAUGGUGACAAGCACCUCGCCCUAGAAGAAUUCUAUAGAGCUUUUCAUGUAGUUCAGCUGGAUCUGCCUGAAGAUCAAAAAAUAAGCACCACUGCAGCAACAGUGGGACAGAGUGCUGUCUUAAGUUGUGCCAUCCAGGGAACCCUGAGACCUCCCAUCAUCUGGAAGAGGAACAAUGUCAUUCUGAACAGCUUAGAUUUGGAAGAUAUCAGUGAUUUUGGAGAUGAUGGGUCCUUGUACAUCACUAAGGUUACCACAACUCAUAUAGGAAAUUACACCUGCUAUGCUGAUGGGUAUGAUAAGGUCUAUCAAACUCAUAUUCUCCAAGUGACUGUUCCACCAGUUAUCCGAGUCUACCCAGAGAGCCAGGCGAGGGAGCCAGGUGUGACAGCUAGCCUUCGGUGCCAUGCUGAAGGUAUUCCCAACCCACAACUUGGUUGGCUGAAGAAUGGAAUUGAUAUCACUCCAAAGUUGUCCAAACAGUUAACUCUUCAAGCAAAUGGUAGUGAGGUUCACAUCAGCAAUGUGCGUUAUGAAGAUACAGGAGCAUACACUUGCAUUGCAAAGAAUGAAGCAGGGGUGGAUGAAGAUAUUUCUUCUCUCUUUGUGGAAGAUUCUGCUCGGAAGACUCUUGCAAACAUAUUGUGGCGAGAGCAAGGUCUGGGAAUUGGGAACAUGUUUUAUGUUUUUUAUGAAGAUGGCAUCAAAGUAAUACAACCAGUGGAAUGUGAAUUUCAGAGGCAUAUUAAGCCUAGUGAAAAACUCCUCGGUUUUCAGGAUGAAGUUUGUCCCAAAGCAGAUGGUGAUCCUGUUCAGCGGUGUAUUUGGGCAACUGCUGUUAAUGUAAAAGACAAGUUCAUAUAUGUGACUCAGCCCACACUUGACAGAAUUCUCAUUGUUGAUGUACAGUCUCAGAAAGUUGUACAGGCAGUGAGUACAGAUCCUGUUCCAGUGAAACUACACUAUGAUAAAUCACAUGAUCAAGUCUGGGUGCUGAGCUGGGGAGACAUGGAAAAGAAUUCACCAACUUUGCAGGUGAUAACACAAGCCAGUGGGAGUGUUUCUCAUCACACAAUCCAUACUCAGCCAGUGGGAAAGCAGUUUGACAGAGUGGACGACUUUUUCAUUCCAGCUACAACCCUUAUCAUUACCCAUGUCCGGUUUGGAUAUAUUCUUCAUAAGGACGAUCCCAUGCUCCAGAAAAUUGAUCUAGAAACUAUGUCUUACAUCAAGACAAUUAGUUUAAAGGAUUAUAAUUGCAUUCCUGAGUCACUGGCUUAUACACAUCUUGGAGGGUAUCUUUUUAUCUGCUGUAAGCCUGACAGCACUGGGGCUGUGCUCCCACAGCUCAUCGUGGACAGUGUCACUGAUUCCGUGAUUGGAUACAACGGCGACGUGACGGGCACGCCACAUAUCUCUCCAGAUGGACACUACCUUCUCAGCAUUGAUGAUGCAAAAGGCCUCAUGAGGAUCCAGACCAUAACAGUGAGAGGAGAAAUACAGGAUGCAUUUGACAUUCACACUAACUUGCACAUAUCUGAUGUAGCUUUUCAGCCGUCCUUCACUGAAGCUCAUCAAUACAACGUCUACUGCAGCUCCAGCACACAAACUGACGUUCUCUUCAUGGAGCUCUCCUCUGGCAAGGUGAAGAUGGUGAAGAGUCUGAAGGAGCCCAUCAAGGCAGGCGAAUGGCCUUGGAACAGUAAGAACCGUCUUAUAAAAGACAGUGGCCUUUUUGGUCAGUAUCUCAUGACCCCUUCCAAGGAAUCUCUGUUUAUCCUGGAUGGACGGCUCAAUAAGUUAAAUUGUGAAAUCACCGAAGUUGAGAGAGGCAACACAGUAAUUUGGGUUAGAGAAGCAUAAGAAUCUGUGUUAGGUAUUUACUGAGUUAAUAGUUUUACAGUACAUUGCACUUAAAUUACACCAUUCUUCAAAUUUACACUAUUUUAAUUUUAAAUUGUUAGGCCCUUUUUUACCUGUUAUUUCUUUGACAUGUACACAGUUUGAAUCAACUUCCACAGAAAAGUGACUAAAAUGAUGCCUAUUUGAUAAUGGUACUCCUUA